AUGCCGAUCCUUUCACUCGAUCUGAAGGCGAAUCUCGUCAAUUUGACGAAUUUGCGACCGAGUGAUCCAGAGAGUUUUCGAUGGCAUAUCAAGGUCCGAUGCACAAAUUGCGGUGAAGCGCCCGACUCGUGGCAUUAUAUCGUCAUCAAUGAACGAAUGGACAUUCCUGGUUCAAGAGGAGAAGCGAAUCUCGUCGAGAAAUGCAAAUUGUGCAGUCGAGUGAACACAUUGACUAUUGUCGAUGAUUCGGUUGGAUCAUAUUCUGCGGAGAAGAACGAGCAGUUUCAAUCGAUGAUCAAAUUUGACUGUCGAGGUCUCGAACCGUACGAGUUUGAUCCAAGGAUGGGUUGGCAAGCUGAGGGAGUUGAAAGUGAGACUCCAUUUGAGGAGAUCGAUCUAUCUGAAAAGGAAUGGUCAGAUUAUGAUGAACGAGUGAAUGAAGCUGUCGAGAUCAACGAGAUCGACGUCAAGUUCAACUUUGUGCGUGGAAAA